UAUUAGUUAUUAGGUAAUCAAAAUUUCGCCAUUUUAGCUCUAGAACAGCUGAAAAUACACAUUUUAAAGGGUAGUCAAAAAUAAUUGUGGGGGUGGCUAUUAACUUGGCCAACGUUUCAACAGUAGCAUAUGUGCAUGUGUCUAGCCACCAGUGUGUUCUGAAAUGCAAUUCGAUGUGCAUUCAUUAGGCUUAUGCAAACGUAUAAUUAUUGUAUCUAUGCUAAGCACUACAAAAUGGGUUCCAUGGAAAAGAACGUGGUUUAUGUAGCUCCAAUCUGGAAUUGUGUUUAGCUAACUACACUGCAAUUUUUUAAUUGGAACAUGUAAAGUUUUUCAAAUUCUCGUUUCGAUGUUGUAAAGAAAAUUUAAUCAUUUAACAAGGGUACAUUCAAAAACACAGUUCACGUUUGUGCUAGGGAAAGUAUUUUUUUGCAUGUACUUUAUUUGUCCGUGUAUGUAUGUAAAACCUUAAUUUAAAGAAUAUUUUCGAGACAGAAAUAAAACUGAUAACUAUUUUAAUUGAACGACUAUAAAAGCGGGUUGGCAUUUGAAGUUUGGUCACAGCUAUAGAAAUGUUCCUUCAAACAGUUCGGUAUUUGCUUUUGGCAGGCAUUUUUGCACCCAACCUGGUGGCGUCCGAAGGAAUCGAGUCCUACGAGAACUACUACAACGAGAUCCAUGUUGAUGACGAGCAGGCGGAGGCCAAGACCCGAAAUGCGUUGACUUCUCCACUCCAACGCUGGCCAGGCAAUAAGAUAUUCUACCGCAUAUCCACGGACUACAGUGAACAGGAGGUGGCCAAUGUGCGGACAGCAAUGUCGAGUUUUGGCGAGCAAACCUGUGUGCAGUUCGAGGAGAUCGAAGGAUCUCCGCCCGCAGGCAAACGAUAUGUGUCCUUCAAGAAAUCGCCAAAUAUGUGUGGCACUCGAGUGGGCUAUCAACCCCUGUCCUUUGGUCCGCACGAAGUUGUCCUUAACGAGAAAUGCCUCACCAUGCCGGCUGUAAUUCAACACGAAACCCUUCACCUGCUGGGCCUUUUCCACGAGCAGAGUCGUCCCGAUCGCGAUGAGUACGUGCAAAUCGACUACGACAAUAUCCCGAGGAAAUACUGGUCGCAGUUCAUGGCCAUGGAUCAGACCACCACCUUCAAUGUUCCAUACGACUACGAGAGCGUAAUGCACUAUUCGAAGAACGCCUUCGCCAAGGAUCCCUCAAAGCCAACAAUUCGAGCCCUAAUCGCUGGUAAGGCUGUGGAAAGGGAAAUGGGGCAGGUGCGAGGACCUUCCGAAGGCGAUUGGACCAAAAUUCGUUUGAUGUACAAGUGCUAGAGUGGAGAAAGCAAUCGUCGAGGACUAGGAUUGG